AUGGAUCCAUUCUCAGCAGAAGGCGGUAUGUUCCUCGACCCAAUUGCACAUGCAAUGCCCGCCUCACCCUCAAGCUCCUCAUCCAUCCCCCGCAACCCGUUCUUGAAAUUAAUCAACAUCCACAAUGCCUUCCACCAAGGCCAAUACCCCGCCGUGCUCGACUUCGACACGUCGGCCCUCUCCCCGGAGAACCAGCUGCCCGCCCGCGUCCUGCAGCUCUGCGCCCAGAUCGCUCUGGGCCAGGCCGCCGCCGUCCUGGCCGACCUCGCCGGCGCGGACGAGGGGAACCCCGACCUGGCCGCGGUGAAGGCCCUGGCGCAGCACGCGGCCGGCGACGGCGCCGCGGCGGCCACCCUCGCGCAGGACCUCGCCGAGAACUUUCCCGAUCACGCGAGCGUGCAGGUCCUGGCCGGCACGGUGCUGCAGGCGCAGGGGCGCAGCGAGGAGGCGCUGGCGCUGUUGGCGAAGCAUCAGGGGAAUCUGGAGGCCGUCGCCUUGAUCGUGCAGAUCCACCUCCACCAGAACCGCUCCGAUCUCGCCCUGAAAGAAGUGCAGGCCGCCAAGCGCUGGGCGCAGGACUCGCUGCUGGUGAACCUGGCGGAAUCCUGGGUGGGGUUGCGAGUCGGCGGCGAGAAAUACCAAGCAGCCUUCUACGUCUACGAGGAACUGGCCUCGGCGCCCAGCACGGCCGCACCGCUGUCGAUCGUCGGCCAGGCCGUCGCCGAGCUGCACCUGGGCCGCCUGCCCGAGGCGGAGGCGGCGCUGUCCGCCGCGCUGGAGAAAUACCCCGACGAGGCCGAGGUGAUCGCCAACGCGAUCGUGUUGAAUGUUCUGGCCGGAAAAUCGGCGGAGGAGUUGGAAUUACGUCUUCAGCAGACGCACCCGUCGCAUCCGCUGUUAAGCGAAAUUCAGGAGAAGAGUGAGCUCUUUGAUGCUGCGGCGGCCAAGUAUGCCCCGAGGGUGGCGGCCUAGGUUGAUGCCGGGCGCUGCUGUGUUUUGACUAUGCAUUUUUUUUUCUUUCUCGUUUUGUCCAAAGUCUACAUUUAGUAUCACCCUCUAGCGCAACGUUGCUCUCUUUAUGAUGCAUUGAUACGCCGGCAUAGCUUUCGUACGACCAGUAAUAUUAAGCGAUGUCUUGAUACUUCCGACUGCUUUUUUGUGCCUAGAGAAAUUCAUAAAG